AUUCUAUACCGCCCGCCCGCUCUGUUUGAGUUGCAAAACAACAUGCAAGUGAUGUGCCAAGCCGCAGCGGGUCGCACGGCUGUCCGCCGCUCCGCGGCGGCAGUAGCAGCAGCGCCCGUCUCUGCAGGCCGUCGAACCAGCACCGGGCGCGGGAGGCUGCAGGUGGUGGCGUACCGCUCGGAGCUGAGCGAGAUGCUGCUGCAGCGAGCCCACCGCUAUGCCGAGCUGACAGCGGCGGCGGGCUCCAUGACGCGUGAGGAGCUGGGGGUGGCGCUGGGGCCGCUGGUGGGACCCCGCGGCGUGGCGUUCCUGGCGGACGGCGUCAUCUACCGCCGCGACCGCAAGCGGGACGUGGGGCAGCUGGUGGACGCACUAGGCCGACAGCACCAAGCCUACAAGCACCUGGUUUACCGCCCGGUUGUGUCUGCUGUGAACGAGGCGCAGGGGGUGGUGUUCAGUGCCGUGUAUUGGGUGCUGCAAAACACACAGCCGCUUUUCGGAGCACAGGAGCCCAGCGGCCGCAUCUCCAAAGGCUUCCUGAUUGACAAGCAGUCGUACGACACACGGUCAGGCGUGCUGGUGAGCAGCCUGGUGACGCGGCAGCUCACGCUGGAGGAGCGCGACGCGCUGCUGCCUGACCCCACCGCCUGGCAGCCCGCGGACGUGGGGGAGGGCGAGCUGACCGCGGUGCCGGACGUGGUGGCGCACGCCUAAUUCCCGGAUUCCCGCCCGCUGGUCGUAGUCGAGCUCACCUAUAGGCAAAGGUGGAAGCAUGGGCAUAGGGCGGCAGCGAGGAAGUGUCACGGGCAUGUGAAUGGCAACGGCGAUAAGAGAGGCGGCGUGCAGCAGACAAGCUAGGUAUCACGCGUCCCAAAUC